AUGUCGUUUGUCCUCACGUGCCUAACUUACGGUCUGGUGUACGGUGUCGGCAUUGGAGUCGCCACAGGACCACCCUUAGCCUGUGUCAUGAGGUGGUUUCCCGGCCAUAAAGGUGUUGUCAGUGGUAUCAUCAUGGCGGGCUUUGGCGGAGGAGCAUUUGUGUUUAAUUACCUCCAAACAGAAUUUAUUAAUCCUCUCAACCUGAAGCCUGAUCUUACUGUGCACAAUGAAACAUAUUUUCAGGAGUCCAGUCUUCUUGACCGUGUACCCUAUUCCUUCCUUUUCCUCGGGGGUCUGUACUCGGCUAUUUAUCUCGUGAGCGUGGCUCUCAUACGUAACCCACCAGGCUUCUCUUUCAAGGAAACUCUCACUGACGAUAAGAGAGGACUAAACGCUCUUAUGGGUCGCAGCGAGAAGGCUAAACUACUAAAGUACGAGGCUUACGAUGCCGAUGAAGUUAGACUUGGACUACCGGAGGAGCCAACAAAAUCUCACCAAACCAUUUGGGAAGAUUCCUCCGGUUUGGAACUAAGUCCGAAAAAACUUUUAAAGCGGCGUGAUUUUUACAAACUCUGGUUCGUGUUGCUGUUGAAUGAAUCCAUUGUUAUUUUCAUCUCUUCCCUCUAUAAGGUUUACGGCCUAGAGUUCAUAGAAGACGACAGAUUUCUGGCAAUUACGGGGUCCUUCGCUUCGAUGUUCAACGCCCUAGGUCGGAUAAUGUGGGGAAAACUCGCUGACAGGUUCUCAUUUAGGUCAGCUGAAUGCUGUGAAGUGUGCGUAAACAGAGAGAAUUAUGUAACUUCGCCAGAUGGUAGUUUAUGUGCCUUCGUCUGGAAGCUGCAUGACUUUAUCACUGUGAUUAAGGCUGGGCAAAGGAUAGAGCGUAAAACGCCAUUCAACUUAAUUCAACUCAACUCAACUCAUCUCAACUUGUGGCAAAGAGUUAGUGAUGGCCAUACCACUUUCAGUUUGACCGCAUACACGUAA